AUGCUUGCAUCCUCUAGACGGGGAGGAUUGCAGGCCUCUCGAUCCAUCACCAGAGGAAGCAGGGUUGAAAUGAAUGCACAGCAUAGAUCAUCGUCAACCACAUCAUCAUCGUCUCGGCUAGUUGUCUCCCGCCGUGCCUGGCAAGCCCAUACCAAGACACUACCAUCAAGACCCAAAGCAACGAAAAAAAAGGCCGACGAAAAACCAUGGCCCCGCGAAUAUCAGCUGGCUGGGUAUGCUGCGGCUGCCAUUUUCAUUCCGUACAGUCUACUUUGGUUUGCCUUGUCGAAUCCAACGGCAAGAGAGCAAAUGGAGGAAAUUGCUCCUGGUUUGGUGGACAGCCCGCGAAUGCGAAAACAUUUUGGAGAAUUGGAGUGGGAUGUUCAAGCCUAUGGUGACAAAGACGAAGGGAUCAUUCCAGCGUUCUACCAUUAUCCUGGAGAAAGCGGUUACAGAGAACGACAAAAAGAGGCUACCGUUCAAGAGCGCAACAAGGCACAAGUAGAGGCAAAUUUGUAUCUGCAAUCUGAUGAAACGAGCAGUGUGGAAACCAAGAAAGUGGCCGCCUCCACUUUGGCCAAUCCAGAAUGUCUCAAGCAAGCCUUUGGGGUUGCGAACGACUACUCGGAAGCCAAGGUGGCUUUGGAAUUUCCAAGUGAUGAUGAGGAUGAUGGUGGAUCUGCUGAAAGCACCAGCGGUGGCGAGCUUUCGCUGUCGGAUCAACUAUCCACUGACUUUGUCGAGGAAGAUCCCACUUUGAGACUCAGACAAGAGCAUCACACCUUUUCCAGUUGGCACUAUAUUCCAACCCUAUCAGCGGAAGAGAAAAAGGCUCAAGCACAGAGUCAAAGCAUGUCGGACUUGGAUGUGGAUAUUGCCCGAUUAGAGUACACCAUUGGUGAAGUGGAAAGAGAUAUGAAAGAUCCUAAUUGUACCAAGGAUCGGGAUACGAUGGAUGAGGAUCGCAGCAAGGCAAGAUCGGAAUUGAGAAAGCUCAAAUGGAGAAGGCGGCUAGGAAUCAAGUAA